AGACCGCAUCCGCUGGUCUAGGCUGUAGGAUGGUAGCGCACAGCAAGGUGUCAGCAGAUAAUGCAGUUGCAGCAGACCCGAGAUGUCUACUUGACCCUCCAGCACAGGAUCGUUCACAGGCUCGAGGCUACCACGGCCCAGGCCGGCCCAGCACUGUGCAGGCACAGAGCAACACGCACUUCCGAACCUUUCGCUCGCAAGCGGAUUUUAGUAGCAUCACUCGAGCAAGCAGCCUGCUGGAUGCCUGUGGCUUCUACUGGGGACCUCUGACUGUCAAUGCUGCCCACGAGAAGCUGAAGUCUGAGCCUGAGGGCACCUUCCUCAUCAGGGACAGCACACAAAAGAAUUGCUUCUUUGCCAUCAGUGUUAAGACUGCGACUGGGCCCACCAGCAUCCGGAUAAACUUUCAGACUGGGCGUUUCAGCCUGGAUGGCAGCAAAGAGACUUUUGACUGUCUUUUUAAGCUGCUGGAACAUUAUCUAAGCUCCCCGAGGAAGGUACUGGUUACCCCCCUGCGCAAAGUCCGUGUGCAGCCCCUGCAGGAGCUCUGCCGGAAGAGCAUUGUGAAGACUUUUGGAGGAGAGAACUUAAACCAGAUCCCCCUCAAUCCUGUUCUAAAGGACUAUCUGAAAUCCUUUCCAUUUCAGAUAUAAGUACAGCAUUAACUGUAUAGGGACGUGUGAGAGAUGUCUAAAGAAAUCCAGCUUCCUGGGUUUUUAAACAUGUUUGACAGUGAGCAAACUUAUUUUUGUAGCAAUUUACUGUAUUUUGGGAUGGAACUUGAACACUUGACUACUUAUGUUUACAAAAACUGUUUGCACAAACCUGGGGUUUUAAAACCCUGGCAUAAUUUUUCUGCCAAGCAGAAUAUUUUAUUAUUUUAUAAUAUUUUUAAUGAUAUUAACAUAAUAAACUUUAUUGUGAAAG